CUUCCCUUGCACGUUCCUUCAUCUGCUUCUAGUUUCGGUCGCCUAGCUCGUCUGCGCUGUUUCUGCGGACUGUUGUGCGAGCUUCGCGUGCAGAUCGCGCAGUGAAACUCUUGCUAAGCGCAUUUCAUCGACAACGUGCGUUUGUUAGCCUGUGUUGUGCCUUCGUAAGUGCGAAACAGCUGCUUGACUGAUCGCAUCGCAACACACCGAGACAAAAGCAGAACCGAUGGCCGACUCUGCUAGUGGAUCUGCAAGCGCGCCGAGCUCAGAUUUCUACACCGCAGCGGGAUUCCGGAAGUGGGUCGUAGAGAACAAGAUCAAGGCCGUUGGUUCUCUAUGGGCGUCAGCGGUGGGUGGAUCCAUUCUGUAUAACUUCCGAAAGCCAGGGGAGAAGAUGAGCGUCAAGAUCAUUCAUGCUCGGCUUCAUGCUCAAGCAUUAACAUUGGCGGCAUUGCUGGCUGCUGGCGCUGUAGAAUACUACGAGCUUUCCUCUGGAGCGAAGGUGGAGAAAGUAGCUGAGCAAACCAAAUUGCAUUAACAUCCAAUGAAAUACACUCUUGUGUUUAACUGUGGUGUUCAAAUGAGCUCAUGUUUUGUCAGCAAGCAUGCUGAAUCAGAGAAGCAUUCAUACAGUGAUAAGA